UACCUUCUUCCCACCUGGACUCCUAACUUCCCUUUCUCCCUUCCUCCUUCCCUCCCUCUCCUCGCCAGUCCCCUCCUCAGUGGAGGGGAGACCUAGCUCUCUCUUCUUGUCCACAGCUGGGAAUCCCAGUCCUCCCCCUUCUUCCCUCUCAUCUCCUCAGCCCUGGGAUUCCCAGACUCCUCAGCUUUCCUUUCCUUUCUUUUCCUCCCUCAUAUGGAAAUCCUGGUCUCCUCUCUCCUCCUUCCCCCGUAGUCUGUGCACAUACAUCCCUUUCCACCUGACCCCACAACUCUCUUCCCUCUAAGAAGAGCAGUUCCUUAAUCUUUUAAAACAUGAGUUUUUCUUAGUAAUUCUUGUUUUGUCUUCAUUCCACCCCAUCCCCCACCCCUCCUCAACCAGUCUGUCUCCUUUCUUUGGGCUCUCUUUGAUUUCCAGACCUCUCCCUAGAUUCAUUGCUGCCUAUGUCUCAGACUCUGCUUUUCCCUUGUUGAGGUGGGAGGGACCCUCCCCUCAAGGAACAGCAUAAGAAGAUGCCGGGGCCUGGCUUCUGUGGUCUCUCCCCACUCCGCGUGUUCCCCUCCGUGUUUGUGGUGGCUGCUUUGCUGGGGUUGCUUCCGGUACUGAGGAGCCAUGGGCUGCAGAAUACAGUGACAUCAAAAGUGUCCACCAUGGGCUUGUACAUAGGCCCUGGGGAUGGGGAUGUCACCUCAGCUCCACCAGAGGUCAGCCAUGAAGUCCGCCCAGUGACCAACCACUCAGGAUCCACUCAUGGGAAGCCACGCAAGCCUUUCCCUGUCCUGGACAUCGACUAUACUCACGUGCGGACCCCCUUCGAGAUCUCCCUCUGGAUACUGCUAGCCUGUCUUAUGAAGCUGGGUUUCCAUGUGAUCCCCACCAUCUCCAACAUCGUCCCUGAGAGCUGCCUGCUCAUCGUGGUGGGACUGCUGGUGGGGGGCCUGAUUAAAGGAGUCGGGGAGAGCCCCCCUGUCCUGGAGUCAGACAUCUUUUUCCUCUUCCUCCUGCCCCCCAUCAUCUUGGAUGCUGGCUACUUCCUGCCCCUGCGCCCGUUCACAGAGAACCUGGGCACCAUCCUGAUAUUCGCCGUGGUGGGCACGCUGUGGAAUGCCUUCUUCAUUGGCGGGCUCAUGUAUGCCGUGUGCAUGGUCGGGGGCCCGCAGAUCAAUGAGAUCGGUCUCCUGAACAACCUUCUGUUUGGCAGCAUCAUCUCAGCCGUGGACCCAGUGGCAGUGCUGGCCGUGUUUGAGGAGAUCCACAUCAAUGAACUGCUGCAUAUCCUUGUGUUUGGGGAGUCCCUGCUCAAUGAUGCUGUCACCGUUGUGCUGUACCAUCUCUUUGAAGAAUUUGCCGGCAUCGACCAAGUGAACCUCGUCGACAUUGUCCUGGGCUUCCUGAGCUUCUUCGUGGUCUCGCUGGGGGGGGUGUUUGUGGGGGUGGUCUACGGCAUCAUCGCAGCCUUCACCUCCCGCUUCACGUCCCACAUCCGGGUCAUCGAGCCGCUCUUCGUCUUCCUCUACAGCUACAUGGCUUACCUGUCAGCUGAGCUCUUUCACCUGUCUGGCAUCAUGGCGCUCAUCGCCUCAGGGGUGAUGAUGCGUCCCUACGUGGAGGCCAACAUCUCCCAUAAGUCCCACACCACCAUCAAAUACUUCCUGAAGAUGUGGAGCAGCAUCAGCGAGACCCUCAUCUUCAUCUUCCUGGGCGUCUCCACCGUGGCUGGCUCCCACCACUGGAACUGGACCUUUGUCAUCAGCACGCUGCUCUUCUGCCUCAUUGCCCGGGUGCUGGGUGUGCUGGGCCUCACGUGGUUCAUUAACAAGUUCCGCAUCGUGAAGCUGACUCCCAAGGACCAGUUCAUCAUCGCCUAUGGUGGCCUCCGUGGGGCCAUCGCCUUCUCCCUGGGCUACCUCUUGGACGUCAGGCACUUCCCCAUGAGAGAUCUGUUCCUCACAGCCAUCAUCACCGUCAUUUUCUUCACUGUCUUCGUGCAGGGCAUGACUAUCCGGCCUUUGGUGGAUCUGCUGGCUGUGAAGAAAAAGCAGGAGAGCAAGCGGUCCAUUAAUGAGGAGAUCCACACCCAGUUCCUGGAUCACCUUCUAACGGGCAUCGAGGACAUCUGCGGCCACUACGGCCACCACCACUGGAAGGACAAACUUAAUCGGUUCAAUAAGAAGUAUGUGAAGAAGUGUCUGAUCGCUGGGGAGCGCUCCAAUGAACCCCAGCUCAUCGCCUUCUACCAUAAGAUGGAGAUGAAGCAGGCUAUCGAGCUCGUGGAGAGUGGUGGCAUGGGCAAGAUCCCUCCCGCUGUCUCUACUGUCUCCAUGCAAAAUAUCCAUCCCAAGGCCCUGCCUGCAGAACGAAUUCUGCCAGCACUGUCCAAGGAUAAGGAGGAGGAGAUUAGAAAGAUUCUGCGCAACAACCUACAGAAGACCCGACAGCGGUUGAAAUCCUACAAUAGACACACAUUGGUGGCUGAUCCUUUUGAAGAAGCCUGGAACCAGAUGCUGCUGAGGAGACAGAAGGUUCGGCAACUAGAACAAAAGAUAAAUAACUACCUGACAGUGCCGGCCCACAAGCUGGACUCUCCUACCAUGUCCCGAGCUCGGAUUGGCUCAGAUCCCCUAGCCUAUGAGCCAAAGCCUGAUUCAGAGAACCUCCCUAUCAUCACCAUUGACCCCGCCUCGCCCCAGUCCCCUGAGUCUGUGGACCUGGUCAAUGAGGAGCUGAAGGGCAAAGACUUGGUGCUGGAGGAGGAAGAGGAAGACGAGCCUGGCCUUGUGAUGCACCCCAAGGAACCCUCCUCCCCAGGCACAGAUGACGUCUUCACCCCUGAGCCAGGGGAUAGCCCCAGCACCCAGCGCAUGCUCCGAUGCCUCAGCGAUCCUGGACCUCGCCCAGAGCCAGGCGAGGGAGAGCCCUUCAUUCCCAAGGGCCAGUAACAUCAAGGCCAGGGGCCACUGAGGACCCAUGGGAGCCUCUCCCCUUCCUUACAGCAUGGCAGCUGGGCUCCAGCACGGCUUCCCACACCCGCCGGGCAGUGCCCAUCUCUCCUCCCAGCACCAGCCCUCAGAAGGCAGCACAGUGGAUACCACUGAAAAGCUUUACUCCCUUCCUCUCCUGCUGAGGACAGUGAGGCUGAUUGCUGUGCACAUCCCUCCUUGGGACUGCACCAGCAGUUGGCAUUAAUAACUUCUCCCUCUUUAAAUUUUCUGUCAUCUUCAAAUGCUGGAUUUUCAGAACUCUGGGGUCCUGGCCAGGGCAUGAGGCUCUCCAUAAUGGCCCUCCAUGGUUGGCCUAGACCCUCAUUACCCAGCAGGCAAGGCCUUCCUCCUCUGCCUAGUUCCAAUAGGCUUUUGUUCUCCUUAAACCCUAUCAGUGUCUGUAACCAAAGAACCUUCCCCUCCCUGGCAGGUGCUCCCUGCCCAACUGGUCACCUUGAUCCUGCUCUGGCUGGGGGUGGGGAAUCUAGAAGCAAUGCAGCUGUUUACCCUGCCAGCCCCCAGCCCCUAGUUCAGUUCACCCCGCAGGGCUCCGUGUGCAGCACGGAGCCCACAGAGGAGAGAGGACAAGACUGAAAGAGAAACCAGAGUGGCCCAAGAGAGGGGGAGUGGGGGGUGUCAAUACUGGAAGGCUUCUUUGGGGCCAGCUGGGGAGUCCUGCCAGCCCAGCCUGGACUGAAGCUUCUGAAAGCAGGUUGUUGUGAAUGCAAGUUUAUCCCCUUUCCCCAGGAUCCAGAGUUCUCAGCCAUGAACCCCACCCCCACCCUCACUGCCCCCACAGGCUCUGCUUUACAAAAGGAAAUGCUGAUACCCCCCAUGGUGUCCUGGUCCUCCCCAUUCCGAUUGCCCGGGAUUUCUGGGCCUAAGCCAGUGGCACCCACCUAGGGGACCUUCUUCCCACAAAUCUCUGUUCUGUGCCUCCCCGUCGGUCUCUGACUCCCCCUGCUUUUAAUGUCUUUCUGGGGACUCCCCUCCCCACAGUAUGUGUCAGUGUAUUCCUAGGGCUCCCCGGCGCCUCCCCGAGGGAGGGUCAGGAGCAUAUAGGGCCUCAAGACCACCUCCCCUCCCCAGGGCCAAUAGAAGCAGGUGCCCACGGGUCCUGCCAUCCUCCACACACAAAACCCUGCCAAUAGCUCUCAGCUGUCCUGAUCCUGCUGUCUAAGUGUCUGUGAUCCCAGAGGUGAUCAGGAGGUCAGGGGCUGUUCCACAGCACCAGGCACAGGGUGUUGUGAGGCCCCCUCUUCUGUCCCUCAGAAUAUACACCACCCUUUCCCCCACCCCCACAUUGAUUGUGCAAUAUUCUGUCUUCCCCUCUAUAGCCCUCACCCCCUUGGGCCUGCCUGCCCCUCACCACCACCACCCCCACCCCUUGCCUGGGUGCGCACGCUGUCCCUGGAAGAAAUAUCUAAGCAAUGAGGAGGCUGCCUGGGCAUAAGGCUGUGGUUGCCACCUCCCCCUCCCACCCCAC